UGCCCAGGCAAAGCAAAUCAGCGCCCGGUUUGGUUUGGUUUUGGUUUUGGUUGGGGUGGGAGCAGCGGGUCGCCGUCGGCCUGCUUUUAUACGCCGUCCUUCCCCACUGCGUCUGCCGGGAGAGAGAGAGAGAGAGAGAGAGAGAGAGAGAGAGAGAGAGAGUUUGGGAGGGAGGUCAGGGAGGAGAAAGAAGAGGGUGAGGAGGGUGAUCGGAGAUGUCGGACUGGGGGCCGGUGGUGGUGGCGGUGGUGCUGUUCGUGCUGCUCUCGCCGGGGCUGCUGCUGCAGCUGCCGGCCAAGGGCGGCCGCUUCGUCGAGUUCGGCAACUUCCAGACCAGCGGCGCCUCCAUCUUCGUCCACGCCAUCAUCUUCUUCGCCCUCACCGCCGUCUUCCUCGUCGCCAUCGGGGUCCACAUCACCACCGACUAGCCACCCCGGUGAUCAUGGCGCUACCACUACCUGCCUGCCCAGUGAGGAGCACUUCGUGCGAUACGGCAGCCUGUAUCUGCAUCAGUAUUUGCAGAUUGUAAAUUUGUAAUUGUACCGUACCCCUCUGCUAGCAGUUAAGCGUUUAUCUUAUACAUGCAAGGAUUUGUAAUCUUACCAGGCUGAUUUUAAAAGAAUUGUACACUAGCCUCUGAAUUUCUGUCCGAUUAUUCUA